AUGGUUCACCAGGCAGGCCUUUUCGCCGCGACGGUUGCGGCGUUUUUGGUGGACAGCUACAAGUCCCUCUCAGUCGAUCCCCAAAUCCAGGCGUUCACGAUGGCGCUCAAUCAUACGAACGCGCUUUUGGGUCAGCUCGUACGAUCGUCGAACUUGGAGCCGUUGGUUGCGGUUGAUCCAAAACCCUUCCAUCCCCCAACGAUGAACGUCGUGUACAACGCGCUCUGGUUCUUCGCCCUACUGCUCUCCCUUCUCGCAGCACUACUGGCGACUCUGAUCCUGGACUGGAUGGCGGAGCCUAUCACGAUAAUUGAUCUGACCACGCCCGAGACCCUUGAGGGCUACGCACUCAAACGACUGGGCUCUUUCAUGGGCAUUCACCGUUACGGCUUGGAUCGUCUCUCGACGACGGUCGUCGGGUUGAUGCAUCUGGCCGUGAUAGCCUUCCUUCUCGGGCUAUCUUUCUUCCUUUUCACAUUCAACCAUAUCAUCGGUUAUAUCAUUGCCAUUUGCUCUGGCGUCGCCGCAUUUCUCUACCUCGUGGCAAGCUGCUUGCCCCUGUACGACCAGACUUGCCCUUAUCGCACACCCGUGACAUUCAUCCUACGACCGGUUGCGAGCGCCAUUGGCGCUGUGCUCCUCGCCAUCGCGCUCUACAUCAUCAUACUCGUAUCCUCGCUGGGUAGUUGGAUACGCGAGAAGGGCAUCACCCUCGGUGACAUAACGCCCCGCCAUCUACUGCAUGCCCUGAGACAUCCUACGCUAUAUGCCCCGAUCCUUAAAAAGCUACUCAAGGCUUGGUUCAAUGGCGAUCCGUUGGUUAAACGGCGCGCCAUCAUUCACCGCGCAUUCCAUCCCGACCACGGCCCGACGACUUUAUCAGUCGAGCAGUUGCUGUACGUGACGACGUACACGAAAUUGGACCUGCUGGAUAAUCCGCAAACCACGCGUUACAUGGCUCGGUGCCUCUUCGACAUGCAAACCCCGGGCAUUUCCACCUACGUUGCGCAACUUCGCGAACACCGUGCCAUGAUGUCCCGGCUUGCGGCAGUAUUCAAUCACAUCCAGUCCCCCCUCGAGUCUUGCUCUGACG